AUGAUAGAAGCCGCAAAAGACUUUCGCAGUGGUAUGGAACCACUGAAAAAGGAAGUCGAUCAGCUUCAAACCCGAGUUAAAAAUCUUCAGUGCUGCAUUGAAGGUUUAUCUCAUGUGCAAAACUUCUAUAAAACCGGACGUGAGGUUGAACAAACUAUCAUUCAAGGGCCAUCGGCAUCCCUCACAAACUAUCUGCAAGCAAUGGAUCGUAUUAAGGACUCUCUCGUUUAUUUCAAUCAGAAUAAUACCGAACAUCUGGAGUAUACACGACUCAGUACUCUUCUAUCCAACGGGGUGAAAUCAUUACACAAGUAUUUUGAUGACGUACUCAGCCAAUCAUUCACUCCAAUGCCCUCAGAUGUGCUUUACAGGCUAGCAGAAAAAGAAGAAAAGCAGAGUGAUUACUCAAAGUUUAUACAGAAAGACUUACUGGGUGGGGGUAAUUAG